AUGACGAUACAGAGAGUGAUGAGAUAUUGCGGCGGAUCAAGGAAGACAACAGCAUCAAAGACUGGAAGCUUUCCUGGCGGGGCAAAGACCCCGAAGAUCCCCCCUGCUCCAAUGAGGGCGACAGAAGUGGGCAGUAGGGACCUCUUGCGGUACGACGAUGAUGGUCCUACCUUUGCUCAAUUGAGAUCAUCUCGUUUGCGCUGGGCUUGCCAAGAAUCGGAUCCAAAUCAUGAAAGAACUUGCGUAGCUGCUACUCAGAUCGUUUGCUGGUCCCCCAGUGUAACAAAUGGAGGCGCUGUCCAGACUCGAGGAACGCCCAGCUCCAGGACCACUGAGGCCGCGGUCCACGCGACAGCUCUCCAGGCUAUGGAUGACGUCUCUAGCACCUCAACGAAUGAAGAGCUGAGGUUGGAAUCCAUGUCAACAUCGCGCGGCCAGUCUUCGUCGACCAGAACAGCUCAAGGCCUUGCACGUUCGAGAGAGAAGGGCAAGCGCAGAAGAAUUGACAGCCCGAGCCCAGAUACCGCGAGCUCUAGAGAGCCCACGGCAGCUCGGGAGAACAAGAAGGACCUUGCCAUCCGACAAUUGAUUGAGGCGAUCAGAUCGAACAGCCUCCAUGCUCGAUGCACAUCUCAGGAGCUAUCGGAUAAGAUGACCAGCGUUGGCUUCGCGACGCUGGAACAGCGGCGACAAACGACAGGCACACAGUUUGGAGUGAGCGUGGAUGGUAGUGCUGGGAGUACUCAAGACCAGCUACGCCUCAUAGCAGCCAAAAUGGGCCAACUGCAUGCGCGUAAUUCCACAUCGUCCGGAGCAAGGCGCGCAAGCAAGAACAUGCCCUGGGAAAUGAUCAGUCGAGAUUGCGCUCGUCUGAUGCGCCAUCUUCAGCGCUUUGAGACGCUGGAAAUGACCUCCACACAACGUCGGCAUCACACACUGAGCGGAAUACAAGCGUGGUUCGAUGCCAAGAAAUGGUACAUCUCGUUGGAAGAUUUGCGGUGCAGAGCGCAAGAUAUCACACGAGUGUAUGCUGGCAAGCAGCGCAACCUGAAUAUGGUCUUCGCAAUAUUGGAAGUCGAUCCUACCAAAGUUGGAUUUGAGGCAGUCAAUGGCAAGACCAAGGUCCAGUAUCUUUGCAACCUGGAUCACAAAUCUCCGGGUGCCGUCGCGCGGAGCACGUACUGCCUCGGACCACUCGUCCGUUUUGCAGCCAUUUCGAGACACUUGUUUGGCGACACCUCGUUGAACGUCUCAGGUGUAUAUGAUCCCGUCCCUGUCUUCCUUGUCCCUUACAAAAAGGCUUACAUGGAAACAGCAGGGAAUGCAGCCCCAGAAUCUCUCUUGCCAUGGCCUCCAUCCACUAGCAACACGGAGGCAUCGCCCUCUUCUGGCAAGUCGGAGCACAGCCCGACACAAGAGGAGAUUCACUUCUUCCGCGUACUACUUCACCUGUACCAUCUCAGUUUGGUCGUCAGAUAUGCGUCUCGCCAGGCAGAUGUACCUAAGGUCCUCCAGUGGCUUUUGGAAGACGAACUCUUUUUCCUUUCGGAGAACGACGUCAAUUGGUCGACAGCGGCUAAACGGCCACGUGCAUAUUUUAAAGACGUUCGAUUAGAGACGUGUUCGCAUUCUAGCCCACCACUUCCAUCGUGA